GUGUGCCAGCUAUAUUAUUGCAGUUUGCAGUGCCGUUAUUAGAUUAAAAGAUAAGAUAACGGUAAAAUCAGACGAAAUGUCAACUUUUCGAAGUGUUUAAAACUUUUUAAGAUCAACAAGUAGGUCGUGUUUUUAGACCAAACAAAUAUGAAUUUGGCCAACAACACAUUGGAGAGAAUACAAAAAGAAAUUCGAGAUAAUAUUCAACGAGAAAAGGAGCUGAAAAAUGGUAAUUUCAGAGUAAAUGAAGAUGCUUCAUACAAAGAAGUUUCUCAUGCAUUAACUAACGGAAUGGCAAAAUUAAAAUUAGAACAAGAAAAUGAAUUAAAAAAUGGUCAUUUUAAUUUAUCUAAUGGAAGUUCGAGUUCAAGUUCAAAUGGUUUCACUCGGAGGUUCAUACCAAACACAAAUACUAAAGGGAUGAUGCAAAAAUUCUUUAGAAGUAGAGGUAAAGUAGGUUCAUCUAUUAAUUCAGUUCAACCACAAAAUGGGUACUCACCGGUGAGAUUCAGAGUUGAAAAAGGUCAGACACUUCGAAAUGGAUAUGUGCCAGCUCAAGAAAAGAUAGUGAAAGAAUUGCUAGAUUUCCAAUUAAGGGAAAAAGAAUUAAGGAAUGAACGUAUGAAAUCACAGCCCGAUUUAAUGGCAGCUUUAGAAUUAGAAGAGAGUCAAAUUAAUGGAUGCAAAGGAGGUUUAAAGUCGGCCAAAUCUAUGACAAAUUUGUUUCAAAGUGAAGAUACAACCAAAAAUUGUUAUUCUUUGCCUUCAAGAUAAAAUUUAUAGUAAUAUCAUCUGAAGAAAACAUUUGUAACUAUCAGAUGGUAUUCAUUCCUGUGGUACUUCGCCUACUUCUGUCCAGUGAAGUAAACUGAUUAGAAAUAAUUAUAUAUUUUUUGUUUUGUAAAAUAUACAGGACCAGCUGCAAACGAAUCAAACCGAGUUCCUUCUAAAAUACAUAAUAAUUUUUUACAUUUGUCUGCAUAGUAAAAGUGUUGGCAUUCUCAUAAUAUAAAUAGUAACUACCAGAGGUGAAUCGUUGCCUAGUCCACAAGGAGUCUACUUUUGAAAGGAAUACCUUAAUAUAUAUUUCUAUUAGAAUACAAUGUAAUAUUUUUGCUUUUGUAUUCUAAUAGAAAUAUAUAUUAAAUAUAUAAGGUAUUCCUUUCAAAAGUAGCCUCCUCGUGGACUAGGCAACGAGACGCUUCUGGUAACUGCCAAAAAGUAUUGAUAUUAAAUGGAGUGCACUUAAAUAUAAUAAAAGCAUGUCAAUCUUCUGUUAGGUAUUUCGUGAAAGAACAUUGCCAUAAAAGUUCAAAUUGGACACCAAUGAGUUUCAUUGUGAUUUUACUGCAGCUUUAAUACUAAUUUUGUGAGGAGUUAAGUAUAAAGUAACUAUACAGAGGUACAAGAAACAAACAGGAAUUUUAGGAAAAACAGUUUUAAUAUUCCAAAGUACUCCUCUUUAUUUACUUUUGUACUGUUUUCAAUCAUGUUUUGUGAGUAAACUAUUUUUUUAUAUAAUUAUAUAGCUGGUCUUAAUAAUAUAAUUUCCAUUUAGUCAUAUUGUAGAGCUAUUUUCUCCUUAUAAAUGAAAGUAAAAAAAAGACAAUGAAUGUAUGGGGUUUAUACAGAAUAUAAAAGUGAGAUUUGAAUAACAUCACGUAAUAAUUUAAUUUGUCACCAGAAAGUAUUGGAUUUAGGUACUUAAAGGUUUUGUAAAAAUAUUUAUAAUUUAUUUAUUUAUUUUAUGUAUAGCUUGAAAUAAAAAUGAGAUUCAUAAUGACAAAUUCUGUUUGUAACAAAAAAAUAAAGUUUUUU